CUGAUAUGAUCAGUUGCAACAUCAGCAUGACCUACACAAACAAAUGGAAACUUCUGAGGUAUCGACUAAAAAAAGGCUGUCGUGCGUGCGCGUGUGCGUCUGUGUGAGUGACAUGAGGAAAAGAAAAGACACAUUUGCAAUGACUUCAGCUCAGAAGGCUGCGCAAGGGUGACUGUCCACAGUGUUCUUACUGCUCAGCUGAGUUAUCAAACCAGACAAGCGAUGGAGAUUCUAGAAAAGGAAGGUUUAGUAAUGAUUCAAGGAGUGAAAUUUGGAAAGAAGACGUGGAAGAAGACAUGGAUGACACUUUUCCAGCCCAGUUCGUCUGGCAUAGGCCGGAUAGAGCUUUAUGAGGUGAAGGAUGCGCCGCUGGGCUUCGGUUCUUCGGUCAGGCCAUCAGGCCUUAGAAAGAUGGAGAAGCGAGUCGUCCGUCUGUCCGACUGUCUCAGCAUCUCCCCCGCCCCGGAGGAGAGCUGCCCAACCGAGUUUAGCGCCUUCGACCUGAACACUACUCAGCGUACCUUUACCAUCGCGACGCUGACCAACGAAGUCUGGAUAGAGACUCUUUGUAAGCUGGCAUUCUCGAAAAAUGAUGGCACUUCAGACGCAAGGAAAAUCCAUGACCAAGACACAUCCAUGGCAGAAAACGAACUCUAUUCAACUUGGAGGACAGGUCAGUAUCAGGUCAAAGUUCAACAGACAGAGGCUGCGACACGGUGUGGUUUGGCAGGCAGCUAUGCUCUAUGUCCCAGCGAAGAUUCCCUGUCUCUCCUGGACCUCGGAACGUCGAAGGCCAUCUAUUGCUGGCCCUAUCGAUUGCUGCGGAGAUUUGGCACUGUAAAAGAAGGAGGGAUUACAAUAGAGGCCGGCAGGCGCUGUGAAACCGGGGAGGGCCCAUUCACGUUCUUAUCAAAACAAGGAUCGGAGAUUUACCGGAUCAUGGACGAGGCCAUCGCCCAGCAAACCGGCAGACAACUGGAGCCCAGGCCCACCCCACCUCCAGAGCCCCCGGCUCAGUCCCUCAUCCCCAAGCCCAACACGCCCCCCACGCCCCCCACGCUCCCCACGCUCGACAAGCGAAGUACCCUCCCAACACUGUCACGCCGGAACAUAGCCCUGCCAGAUCGGCCCAUUAAGCCCCAGGCGCCCAGCUCCCAGAAGGACAUCUAUUCUGUCAUUGACGUGCCCCGAGCACCGAGGUCCCAGCCGAAGCCGCCGAGAAUGCUGCAGAGCCUGCUACCCGGCCACCCCUUCAUGGACAGCAGAGAGGAGGACGAGGAUGAGAGGUGCAGCUCCGUCGGGAGUGACCUUUGCCAGCCCGAUGAGGACUCCCUGGUUUACUCUAAGGUGAGCAGGUUUGAGGAGGAUUAUGAAGAGGUGCCUGACGGCCGGGACCAAGACAGGGGUUUAUUCUACAAGAUUGUUUCGCACGAUCCAGCUUCCCUGAGAAGAACUCUGGAUGUGACACAAGAGGAUAGGGCGGAAGAGGGGGAGGAAGAGGAGGAGGAAGAGGAAGAGAAGAAGGAGAUGAAGAAGAAGAGUGAGAAGGAGGGGAGAGGCUCUCACGUCAUCACCACCUCUUCCGACAUCUCUGUCAACUUCAGACAAACACUUGCAAACAUCCUGUUCAAAGACCUGGCCAAGGUUCAGAUCCAGCCUACACUCCCCACAGAAAGCAUAGACUCAGAUGCCGCCAUUUAUCAAAACCACUUGGACAUGUGACCAGUGGAAAUACUGCAACACAGUGGCCAUGGUGACCUUAUGUUAUUGUAAUCAAAUUGACAACCAUGUUAGGCUACUGUACAUAAUGGUAAAUAAACAUGAGAAAUUGAUUAUGUU